ACCGCAGGGGGGCGGGAGGGGGCCAGACGCCCAGCCCAGCCCGUCCCAGUGCAGACUCCAGGCGCUGCCGGCCACAGGAAGACAGGUGAGCUGCUCCAAGGUGUGUCCAGGGCCUGGUACCCAGAGGUGGCUAACAGAGGUUGCUCCAUCCCGGCCCUGCCUUCCUUCCUUCCAUCGCCAGCAGAGCCUUCCCGAGUCUCCCGCUCCCUCCGUCCAUCCAUUCCUUCAUUUAUUGCCCAAGCCGGAAGGAUGGACAAGGACAGCGGCCUGCCCUCCAUCAACAAGCUGCAGGGCCUGCAGAUCUGGGUCAUCGAGAAGAUGAAGAUGGUCCUCGUCCCCCAGAAGGCCUAUGGGAGUUUCUUCGAAGGUGACUGCUACAUCAUCCUGCACAACGGGAAGACGAGCCGGGGCCCGGCCAUCGACAUCCACUACUGGAUCGGCAAGGACUCGGCGGUGGACGAGCAGGGGGCGGCGGCGGCCUUCACGGCCCAGCUGGACGGGCUGCUGGGGGACGUCCCCGUGCAGCACCGGGAGGUCCAGGGCUAUGAGUCCGAGGUCUUCAAGAGCUACUUCAAGAAGGGCAUCAUUUACAAGAAGGGGGGUCUGACCUCCGGCUUCAAGCACGUGGAGACCAACAUGUACAACAUCCAGAGGCUCCUCCACAUCAAGGGAAAGAAGCCGGUGACGGCCACGGAGGUGGACCUGUCCUGGGACAGCUUCAGCAAGGGAGACGUCUUCCUCCUGGACCUGGGGAAGGUGCUGAUUCAGUGGAACGGCCCCGAAGCCAACCUGUCUGAGAAGUCCCGGGGACUGGCCUUGGCCCGGAACAUCCGCGACGGCGAGCGGGGCGGCCGGGCCCAGAUCGGGGUGGUGGACGAGGAGCAGCUGAGCUCCGCGGAGCUGCUGCAGAUCAUGGAGACGGUGCUGGGGCCGCGGGCGGGCGCGCUGAGGGACGCGGUCAGCGAGGACAGGGCCGACGAGUUCCAGAAGGCCAACCUGCGGCUGUACCACCUUUAUGAAAAGGACGAGGACUUGGUGGUCCAGGAGAUCGCCACGCGGCCGCUGACGCAGGACCUCUUACAGCAUGAGGACUGUCACAUCCUGGACCAAGGGGGCUUCAAGAUCUACGUGUGGAGGGGCCGUGGCUCCAGCAAGGAGGAAAAGAAGGCAGCCUUCAGCCGGGCAGUGGGCUUCAUCCAGGCCAAGGGCUACCCAGCCACAACCAAUGUGGAGGUGGUGAACGAUGGCUUCGAGUCCGCCAUGUUCAAGCAGCUCUUCCAGCAGUGGACAGAGAAGGACCAGACAGAGGGGCCGGGCCGGGCUUACAGCCUGGGCAAGACUGCCAAAGUGGAGCCCGUGAAGUUCGACGUGACCAACCUGCAUGGGCAGCCCGAGCUGGCUGCGGAGCGGAGGAUGGUGGACGAUGGUUCGGGGAAGGUGGAGGUGUGGCGGAUCGAGGACUUGCACAAGAAGCCCGUGGAGCCCAAGAAGUACGGCCAGUUCUACGGGGGUGACUGCUACCUGGUCCUCUACACCUACCAGAAGGCAGGGCGGGCCCAGUACAUCAUCUACAUCUGGCAGGGACGAUAUGCCCCGGUAGACGAGGUCACCGCUUCAGCUCUCAACGCCCUCGAGCUGGACCACAUGUACCAGGAGGAAGCCGUGCAGGUGCGGGUGACCAUGGGCAAGGAGCCCCGGCACUUCCUGGCCAUUUUCCGAGGGCGGCUCGUCGUGUUCCAGAACGGCUCCGGCCGGGACGGCCGCGUGGACCCCGAGCCAGACAUCCGGUUGUUCCAGGUGAGGGGCACGGACGAGUACAACACCAAGACCACCGAGGUGCCCGCCCGGGCAUCUUCCCUCAAUUCCAGCGACAUCUUCCUGCUCGCCACCGACCAGAUCUGCUAUCUGUGGUGCGGAAAGGGCUGCAGUGGAGAUGAGAGGGAGAUGGCCCGAAUGGUGGCCGACAUCGUCUCGCAGAAGGACAAGCAGACGGUGCUGGAGGGUCAGGAGCCGCCCAGCUUCUGGGAGGCUCUGGGGGGCAAGGCCCCCUAUGCCAGCGACAAGAGGCCCCAGGAGAGGACCUCCUCCUACCAGCCCCGCCUGUUUGAAUGCUCCAAUCAGACGGGCCGAUUCAUCAUGACAGAGAUCAUGUUCUUCAGCCAGGACGACCUGGAUGAGGAUGACAUCAUGCUCCUGGACACCUGGGAAGAGGUUUUCCUGUGGAUUGGGAAAGACUCCAGCCCCUACGAGAAGAAGGAGUCUGUGGCCGUGGCCCGAGAGUACCUCAAGAGCCACCCGGCGGGCAGGGACCCCGCGACCCCCGUUAUUGUGGUCAAGCAGGGCCACGAGCCCCUCACCUUCACCGGCUGGUUCAAUGCCUGGGACCCCUACAAGUGGAAUAACGGCAGGUCCUAUGAGGAGCUGAAGAGCAGCCUGGGCGAUCUGGCCGCCAUCUCCGAGAUGACCGUGGAACUCAGCAACAUCAACCUGCUGCAGUGGCUGUCGGAGGAGCGCCCCGGCACCCCGGGGGAGGUCCCGCCGCCCCGCUGCGAGGGCCCAGCCCCCGCCGCCGCCCUCAAGCCGCCCAGCAGCGAGCCCUGCUCCAGCUCCAGCAGCCCCAGCAGCAGCUACUACAGCGGCAACAGCAACUGCAACAGCAGCGACGCACCCCCGGCGCCCAGCUGCCCCGCGCCCGCCCCCGGCCCCCCCAGCGCCCCCAUCCCCCGCGAGCAGCUGAUCAACAAGGCUGUGGAGGAUCUGCCCGAGGGCGUGGACCCGUCCAGAAAAGAGUUCUACCUCUCAGACUCUGACUUCCAAGAGCUCUUUGGCAAAUCCAAGGACGAGUUCUACCGGAUGGCCAAGUGGAAGCAGCAGAGCGAGAAGAAGCAGCACGGCCUGUUUUGAGGCGCGGCCUGCCGGUGCUCCCCAGCGUGCUCACGCUCCCCAGUUCCGUUCCCGUCCUUCGGGAGGCAUCCCUGAAGCUGCUGGCCUAGUGCCCCCCUCCCUAAACUCUCCUAGCCCCUCCCCCAGCUCCCUAAGCUGGCCUAGCCCCCCCCCACCCCCAGCUCCCUAAGCUGGCCUAGCCCCUCCCCCAACUCCCUAAACUGGCCUAGCCCCCCCCCACCCCCAGCUCCCUAAGCUGGCCUAGCCCCGCCUCCCUAGCUCCCUGGGCUGGCCUAGCUGCUCCCCGCUCCCUAAACUGUUCUAGCCCCUCCCCCAGCUCCCUAAACUGUUCUAGCCCCCCCUCCCCAGCUCCCUGGGCUGGCCCAUUCUACCACUGAGCUCCGAUUCUGGUCAUUGGGGCUCUCGGGGACAUGGCCCCUCCCUGGAGUUCUGAAUGGGGGGGGGGGUAUCAGCCAGACCCUUGGGCGCCCCCGGCAGAGCCAAGGCCAGAUGGUCUGGGCCGGCCCCCUGUGCCCCGCGUCCGACAAUAAAGGCUUCCUGACCUUCCUGA